GUGUAGGGUUACUCUAUAUUGGAAUCAUCAGAAGCAUCGAAGUUCCUCGAGCUGGGUCCUGGCAGCAGCAGAGCUGCAGGAUGGGCUUAAUGAGACCAAAUGCAUCUGUUUCACUCCAUUUAUUUAUUCGCCAAGUGUGCCCAGUAGGGUGUCCCCCGCCCUGGGAGCUCCCUGUGGAAGGGGCCCAGAGCAGGAGCCCCAGAACAGACCUCGCUUCUGUCCCUGCAGAUGACGUGCCUGGCGCCGGCGGCCGGCAGGUGUGCCGGCGGCACGAGCUCUACGUCAGCUUCCAGGACCUCGGCUGGCUGGAUUGGGUCAUUGCUCCCCAAGGCUACUCCGCCUAUUACUGUGAGGGGGAAUGCUCCUUCCCGCUGGACUCGUGCAUGAACGCCACCAACCACGCCAUCCUGCAGUCCCUGGUCAGUACCGCGUCCAUCCUGUCCCCAGCCACGGGGAGAGGGGCUCGUGCAGCAGGCAGAUGGAAGCGCCUGCCCGGGUCUCAGGGAGCUCUCUCCACCCUUCCCUGCAGGCACACGCAGUUCACUUCCCGUGUCUGUACGGGAACUGGUGCCUGUGUGGCUGUGCUCAUGUGUAGACUCCUGGUCAUCUGAACCCAUGUACACCCGACUUACCCUGGCUGCUUGUGCACACGCACGUGUAAGGCAUCCACAUACAUAUGUGGGCACUGAGAUUUACAGGACAUGCUUGCUUCUGGUCAGACACAAAGCACACACAUAAC